AGUGCACGCUUCAGCUAAUAAUAAUGUGAGAGCUCUGUGUAUAUAAAUUAUGUAUACUCUUUGAACCAGCAUUAGCCAAUGAACAUGCAGUGUGUAUGGAAGUCAAUUUUGUUCGUCCUAGUUUCGUUGGUGGGCCAUGUUGAAGGGAUACUUAAUCGAAUUAAUGAUUCUUAUUGAUGCCCCAAUGUAUAGUUUAUGUAUUUGGUUUUCUUAAGCACUCUAUGAGCCGUGUGUCGGCUUUAAAAUGAGCACCUCUGCGGUUGUACAUACCUUCAAAGAAAAGAUUGAGGAUGCAGCAGCAAUGGUUAGAAGUAUGGAUGCGGAGGAAAAGUUGCAAGCAGUAGAAUAUUGGAAUGUGGUUUCAGAACAGUUACAAAUAAUUGUCAAUCAUUCUGCAGAAGAUCUAGGUGCCUUUACAUCUCCACUGGAUGUUGACAAGUUACCUGAUUUUAUUGAUGCUAGUCAAUUGGUUGCUCUGGGUCUUGCUCCAACUUUCAUGACUAGUUUUGUAUCUAAUAGUGGCUUAGAUAUUUCAUCAGAUAUUCUAAGGAAACAUUCAUCAAAGGAUGUUGAAGGAACAGUUGUGAUUACUACUGCUUUGUCAGAAACAGUGUCAUUGCCAUCACUUAAUAGUGAGAGUGCUAUAGUUAUUGAUUCAGUGUCAGCAAUGCCACAAACUGAAGUUGAAGCAUGCCAGACUUUACCAGCUGAUAGAAUGUUGAACAUAUCAGAAUGUGAAGCUUCGCACAUCACAUCAAUUGUGGAUAAUGAGUUGGUUGAUCCUGGAGUGCAUUUGGAUGACACUGUCAACUCGGAAGCUUUGGACAUUCCUGAUCCUAUUGUAGAAGCCAAUGACAGUUUGAUUUCUCAAGCAAUAAAUGAAAAUUCCAUGGAAUCAUUAACACCAGUUAAUGGAACAUCAGAAUCUGUAAACUCAAUCUCUCAUCACCCUCCGAAAACGAAAGGGAAAAUUAAAAAUGGUGAAGGCAGUGAAGAACAAUUUUAUGAAUGUUCAUAUUGUAUGAGAGCAUUUUUCACACAUUCUCAGCUGACAACUCACAUGUGGACACACACAAAACCAUAUGUGUGUUCUGUGUGUCAUGCUCGAUUUGCAACAAAAGGAAAUCUGAUUGUGCAUAAUAGAAGGCAUAGCGGGGAGCUGCCGCAUGUGUGCCUUCUCUGCCAGGCAACUUUCAGCACACGAGGCAACCUCCUAAGGCACCGCAAAGCGCACUCAGGUGAGAAGCCGUGGCAGUGCACGGUCUGCUCAUCGCGCUUCACAGAAAAGAAGUCUUUGAAAGUUCAUAUGCGCCGACACACGGGUGAACGUCCCUAUCAUUGCACAAUGUGUCCUAAAUCAUUCACUCAAGCAGGAAUUCUACAGACUCAUGUAGCCGCUCACUUGGAUCAAAGAGCUUUUCCAUGCUCUUUAUGUGGUAAAUCAUUUCGCCAGAAAUCUCAGUUGCGUCUUCAUGAACAGAGGCAUGCUGGCUUGUGGAAAUAUGAAUGUACACUUUGCCCAUCAAAAUUUCUUACAAAAGGUGAUAUGCAAAGGCACAAAAGAAUUCAUACAGGGGAACGUCCAUUUACUUGCAAAUUAUGCCAAAAGACCUUUACCCGGCAGCAGUCUCUGAACGAGCAUAUGAAUAGGCAUUAUGGACUUAAACCAUACCGUUGUAAAUAUUGUGAGAAAGGUUAUGUAGAAAUGUCUGCAUGUUAUAAACACAUUAAGGCUCAUGAACGUUCUGGAAGCACUGUUCCAGUACAAAAGCAGCAUUCAGAUUCUUCUGCUGAGAAUGCUGAAGAGGAAGAUAUUGCUGGAAUAUUUGUGAACUCCUCAAGCAUCCACAGGAGUGAUCAAAACAGCUUCUUCAUUGAAGAAUUGAUUUGAAAUAUUUCAGAGAUAUUUAAAUGGUGUCUUUUGCAUGAGUAUGCAUUUCUGAAUAAUGUGAUAUGAUUUUGAAUCUUCAUUUAAAGAUUAGAUGUGAUGUGAGUGACUGUAUAAAUAAGUAACUAUAAUCUCUGGAGAUGUCAAGCUCUGAGAAACACUGUUUUUAUUUUAACAGAUGAUGCAAAUUUGUUGUACGUGUGAGUGAUAUUCAAGGCAUUUAUGUUAUGAUAUUUGCGAUGUAUUGCAGACUUACCUUCAAAUUAACAUCAAAGAGACCAGACCAUUUAUUAGAAUUUAGAAUUGAAGACUUGUAAAUAUAAUCAGAAAAGAACAGUAUGCUUUUUUUCCUAAAGGUGGCUCCUCACAGUCGUUAGUCAGCAAGUAACAAGUAGUGUGGAGUGAAUUUAAUGAAUCCUGAGUAGUGUGGAUGAGUUGCUUGCUAUUUGCUUAGUGACAAACAUUUGGUGCUCGCCCUACCCACCACAUGUCGGUCUAUAGGACACAUCAAAGGUAGUGAACAUUUGUCAAACACAUCAGCUGGGGGUUCAGGAUUAGGUAAGCAGUAGCUCACUGUUCAGCGAAUGCCGAAGGUUUGGAGCUGCCUUUAGAAAUAUUUCUUUCCUUAUUUAUACUUGUUUUGACCAGAACAAGGUUUUAUUUAUCAGAAAGUACUGCAUGCACAUUGCAAUCUGUUGCAAUCUUUGGCUCUCAUUGACUCAUAGGGAGGUUUAUGUUCAUUUCAAGACUAUUGAAAAGUUCAUGAGGUCCAGUAGUUGGCCACACAGGCAGUUUUGUGUAUUUAUUUCCAUAGACGUACUUUUCUUACAGUUAUACAUGUGAAUCAUUUUAGCAAAGGGAUAAAUCCUUACAUUCUUAUUACUUACUGGCAGAUAUGACUUGAGCAUUCAUAUUUAAUGGUACUCAAUUCAUACUCAAGGAAGCAGGGAAAUUUCGUAAAUGAGUUGUCCUUUGGGAGACAGGGAAGGUAGAAUAAAUAUUGCAGUAUGCUCCAUAAUGACUUACUCGCGAUGAUGCAGGAAAUUAUAUUAUAGAUUGAAUUUUCCAUGGGUACUUUCGUUACCCCCUUGGUAUUUGAAAGAAACAAAAAUACUCGGGAAGUUGAAGGGAUGGCAUCACGCCUAAUCAGUGAUUGAACCAAGAAUUUUCAGAGGGAGGAGGGUACAUGUGUAGAUCAGCUGACUUGAUGUUCGUAUUUUUCUCAUAUACACAUUAUUUCCCUUCAGUCCUGAAGAACGUGUAUGAGUCCUUCCAUGUUAAAUUGCACACUCUCAAAACAUCACUCUUUUUUAGUGACUUCAAAAGCUUUUAUGAGGCCGAGGGUUGAAAAAAUUAAACUUACGAUGUAAUUUCAUGUGAUGUAAAUAUAAUUUUUGUAAUCAUAUUAUUUAAAUAUUUAAAAUACGUUUUAAUUUUUAAAAUGAAAAUUUUACAUUAGGC